AUGACAGUGUUAAAAGUAAUAGAAUUAGAAGUGCAUUUUAUUUACAUAGAAAAGGUGAGGCGAAAUAAACGCGAUUCAAGUGGGCCGGGCACUGUGCUCGGUCCCUGUUUCUGGAAGCGGAAAACAAGCGAUUACAUCAAGAGUUGUGCUAGUCUUGACAUCUGCAGACAAGUCAUCCUGGCUCUAGAUAGUUCAUCCACAGGGAGACUGAAAUUCUCAGACUUCAAGGACUUGAUGGUGAGUCUGAAAUUCUGGCAGAAUGCCUUCAAGAGCCACACGAAAGAGCGAACUGGAAUCCUGAAAGCUGAGAGACUUCGAGAUGCCCUGGAGGAUGUCGGAUUUCAACUGAACACGGAGGUUGUAUCCACGCUGGUGCUGCGCUACAUGAGAAGAAGACGGAACAUUAAGGUUCGGGGACUUUGUCAGUGCAGUUCUCCAUCUCUCAGUUGCGUUCAAUAUUUUUGAGAAGCGAGACCCUCUACAGAAUGGCGCCGUCAAAUUCUCUCUGG